GUGAAGUGGCGCUACAGUAUAAAGUCUGGGGUUGACAGUGUUGGUUGGUGCUGCAUUCUUGCGUCUCAAACUGCAGUCUGCAAGCGGUUAAUGCGGACAGGGUUGCGCCUGCAGAGCGGUCACAGCCAGAAGACAGCACAGCACGCCCUGCCUUCUACAUUGCUAUUCCUCCUCCUCUCCGCUACCCCUCACGAUCUCGUAGGCAAGUGCGAUUGCUCCAUUCAUAUCCUCGUCCCAUCGCUGCACCGUGUUGCUGUACCGCCGCAUGAAGCGCCGUCCCGCGUCAUAGCACUAGCGAGCGUCCGUCAGCCCUACAGUCCCCUCAUCGCCUGUGCUAGAGCGCGUUUCUUGGCCGACACCCCUCCCUUCACUUCCUGCUCGACUGUUUAUGUUGGUCCGUCACAGGAAGGCGCCUUUUACGCUUGCCUAGCCCUGGAGUGAACCUGGAACCGCUUGUCGCCCAUCACAAUCCUCACAGCCUUAGAACAAACCCUCUGCCUACCACCGCCCGUGUGCUUCUCCGAACAAC